CUCCUGCUGUUCCUCAGCUCUAUCUCGUGAAUAUCAAACAGUCGCCGUCUCCAUAUUGGAAGCAGAAAUCAGAAAACACGGGAAAUCAUGAAGAGGCAGUUUCCGACGAUCCUUUAAGCGCGCAGUUGUCGCCCUUCUCCGUUAACGUUACCGCUCCGGGAGUUUAAACGCUAGGGUUCAGACGACGCGCGGGUCAUUUAUUCAGCCCACAUUUGGAGCUUUCAUGGUCAGCUCGCUAACGCUAUAUUAGCAAACCAGCCUCCAACUACUUGUUAGCCAUUCGGCGCUGGCGCAAUUGAUUUUUUUUGUUAUGCGCGUCGUCCGUACAGGCUGAUUGAUCAAAUGUGUGUCCGCGACGCUUAUUUUAAUGCAACAAAACGCAAAGAUUAGUGGUCGGCUGCAGUCCGUUCGCCCACGCUAACCUGAGCGACAGCAGUCUGGAGAUCUGCCAUUAACUCGACUAGCUGUUAGCACGAGCAGAAACACGGACGCGGCCAGAACUCGCUGGAAAAAGGAGCUAACAUCUCGUUUCCAUGGACAACACGUCCAUAAUAACGCAGGUUACGAACCCUAAGGAGGAGGAGAUACUCUCGACAAAUGCUGAGAAAGUUUCGCUGUCUAACAGCAGUCUGAAGAAGAAGAGGACUCGUAGCAUCUUCAGCUCGUUGUUCUGCUGUCUGAGGAGUUACGAUGCUGACACUCCUGCGACCCCCAACAACAACAGCAGUCCCCUGCCUCCACCUGUGGAGGAGAAUGGAGGUCCACCAAAGUGUGACCAGGUUGAGGUCAUCCCUGUCCCUAGUCCUCCAGAGAAGUACCUCCUCCCUGAGGUUAACAUUAAUGACUAUGGGAAGAAGUGUGUGGUAAUAGACUUGGAUGAGACGUUAGUGCACAGCUCGUUUAAGCCCAUUAGCAACGCUGAUUUCAUCGUCCCGGUGGAGAUUGACGGCACAGUGCAUCAGGUGUAUGUGCUGAAAAGACCUCACGUUGAUGAGUUCCUGCAGAAAAUGGGCGAGCUGUUUGAAUGUGUGCUUUUCACAGCCAGUCUAGCCAAGUAUGCCGACCCAGUGGCUGACCUGCUGGACCAGUGGGGUGUGUUUCGGGCGCGACUCUUCCGGGAGUCCUGUGUUUUCCACAGAGGGAACUAUGUCAAAGACCUGAGUAGGCUUGGGAGAGAGCUCAGGAACGUCAUCAUUGUGGACAACUCCCCCGCUUCCUACAUUUUCCAUCCUGAAAAUGCUGUUCCAGUGCAGUCGUGGUUUGACGACAUGACUGACACGGAGCUGCUGGACCUGCUGCCUUUCUUUGAGGGACUGAGCAAAGAGGAGGACGUGUACGGGGUGCUGCAGAACCUGAGGGGCAGGUAGCAGACCAAACGGCCUGCAGCAGGACACGCGCACCAGGACUCUUGACGUAACAGACACUCAAAAUACUGCUCUUUUGAAAAGUGCUUAUGAUAAACCAAAAAAAAACAACAACAAAUCAACUUUUUCUUUCCCCUUUUUGACAAUAUUCAAGUCAUAACCAUUCUCUGAAGUGUUGCUAUGCAGGUAGAAAUCCGUAGGGUUAAAGGACUGUGGGGUUUCCUCUCCGACCCAACAAAGUGCCUUUUUUGAAUGUCAUUUUUAUGGGGGAAAUUAACAUUUUGUACACGACAUAUUUCCAGAGAAACCUAAUCUUUACAAGAAAUAUAUGCUUUAAAAACGGAGGCAGGUCGGACUCUUUUUCUAAAAGCACUGUUAUAAAGAGGCCAGAGAUUUUUAUGUAAAGCUGGGUACACGUCUCCAUCUUCUUCUUCUUCUUGUGCUCCUUUUAUUUCUCAAGUUUGCUUUAGCUUGUGCCAUUAUAUAGACUGAUACUAUUAUCUAGACUUGUAUAUGUUUUAGUUUGGGUUUUUUUAAGAGCAAAGGAAUGCAUUUGCACUUGUUAGGUUGCUCGUCUCACAAACCAUGGCCUCUUUGCCAACUAACCGAUCUUAAACCCAAAACGAUAUGUGCCAAUUGCUAGUAUAAACCGUUUCAGCAAACAGGGCCGAGGCUAAUACUGGUGCUUGAGACUAAUUUAAAUGUUGGACAUUUCAAACAAACCUGAAAAUUGAGCCCAAAAACGAGUUUUUCUUGAUCCGAAUGCCUUGGAUAAGUAGACACUGCAGUUGUUGUAUUUUAAGGGGAAGUGUACUUCACGGAUGCGCGAUUGCAAAUGUAUCCCUUUUACUUUUUAAUUCGUUCAUUGGAGUCGUUGAGAAUUGGUACAGAUCCAUAUUUUAAAAUCGUUUAUAAACCAUACCCUGCUGCUGCUACCACUGUAAACUACACUACAGAAACCUCCCUGUAGGUACAACCAGUACCAGCCCAGGGACGAGCGCUGGGCAGCCUGUGCCCGAGCCCCGACUGAGCCUUACAGGGCCCUCCUGAAGUGUUGGCGUUUUGGAAGCGUUGGGCUCAGGCUGCGCAGACUCUCUCCAUCACCGCAGUGCCUAAUAAACCGAGAGGAGCGGCGGAGGUGGAUCCGCUGGCAAACAGGCAAUAACCCUCUCCUCCUCUACCCAGAGUCCGCCACGUCAGUUCGGUAACUACUUUAUUUGUCCCCUCCGUCUUUUUCAUCGUCUACCUCUGUCCAUUUCUCUUCAUGCUGUUGCGCGGCAGGCGACGGAGAGCUGUUCGUUCUCGCGUCUAUGCUCUUCUGUCAGUAUUCAAAGUGUAUGCUUGUGUUUUCUUCCCACAUCUGCUGUUUUAUUUGUGUGUGAGUGUGUGUGUGUGUGUUGACGUGCUGUACAGCCUUCUCUAUCUUUGUCAACUUGAUCAUGUUUUGAAUUUUAAGCAUUUCUUUUUAAUAAACACAAUCGUUUAGAAACUUCACCGUUUUUAUUAAAGGAAGAGUCUACCUGAACGUUUUCCUCGCCCUCUGCUUGUUCUUAUUUCUGUUAAACACAAAAGGAGAUAUUUUGAAGAAUGUUGCCUUUGACUGUCGUUGUAUGUUAUUCGUUUCACUAUUAAAGUCAUUUGUCCAACAUUCUUCAAAAUAUCUUCAUUUGUGUUCAACUGAAAAAAAGAAUCUCUAAUGGAGAGAGAGAACAUGUUCAGUUUUGGGUGAACUUUUGCUUUUAAGAACACAAUCAACCUCACACUGUUGUUUUGUUUGUUUUUUUUGCUCACUGUUCAUCUUGUUAAAUUUGUUCCUCAUUUUUUUUCUUCACUUCUAAAAAGUGUCAGGUGCUGUUUUUAAUACACAUUGGUUUUGGUUUUGGUGAAGCCACGUCAGCACGUCCAGUUAAAUUCUGCCUUGUUUCGUUUUUGUUCAUGAAGCCAUACAGACACGAUUUACUCUGGGUUUGGAUCAGUUUGGAGAGGCUGUACAGUGCUUAUGUUUGGACUAGAUUUCAAGAUGAAUUGAUUGAUGGUUGUCGCAAGUUUUCUUCCGGACUCUGACAUGUUCUAUUAAAGCACCUUUUUAAAAAACA